CACAGGCUAUCUAUCUAUCUAUCUACUACCUACAAUUUCACGUGUCCAGUGAAAUUUCUAGUGACGUGACUAAAUUAUACGAUUUAUCCAAGGUUCUUCAUUCGAUUGACAAUACAAUGGCGAAACAUCGUCCGAAAACUCUCGACGAAUCUUAUUAACCGGCAAAAUUGAGUCACUACACGUCUCGUGGCUUGACUUGUAAUCGUGUUUUGUAGCCAAGGAGCAUAGUGUUUGUGAACAGUGUUUAUCAAACUCCCAAGCAAGUUUGAGUUUUAUUUCGCUGUUUCGCAUUCUUUGACUUCGAUUUAUAUAUUCAUAAGAAGGAAAAUCCGAUCCCAGUUUUGGUACAGUUUCGCCGUCACUGCUGCAUUUGUAAAAAAGUGGAAUUUGAUGUCAGAUGUUUAGGAUUAAAAUGGAUAGUCGUUCUUAUGCCAAUGUGCCUACCUCUGAUUCUGUUGAAAUUAUGCAAAAUGGAGGAAUUCCAUUAAGCCAGAUGUCAAAGGCUCCCCUGGAGGAAAUCCCACAGACCAUCAUCAAUGAAUCGCAGUUUUCAAAAGAGAUGCAGAAAAAAUCAUACAAUGAACCACCGCCAACCCCUCCAAGGAAUCCUUCUUAUCUACAGAUGAUCAACACAACCCAAUCCCGAUUACCCCCGAUUCCACAUUCUCCCCUCCAACAAACGUCCCCCGUAGAUAACCCGUAUGAAGAAGUGCCACAUGUCCGAAAUGUAUCUGGGAAGUAUUCCAAUGCUGAAAGAGGGGAUAACGUGGACAGUCCCGACAGCGAGAAUAGAUCUUCCCAGCCUGAAGCAGAUCAACAGUUCAUGAGAGUCCACUCAACAAAUUCUACAACUGGAAUAUUACAUGACAAGGAGAGAGCACCAAGGAAAAGGAAAAACCCAGCCUACGAGGGUUUUCAUGAUAUUUCUUAUCAGAGAAAGACGCAGGACAUUAAAUCAAAAGAUACAGAAUCGUCCGACUUUUGUCAGUGUGUGAGAAGUUAUUCUAUGACCAUUAUUAUUCUAUUCUUGGCGUUAUUGGCUCUGGUUUUAGUUGUUCUGAUGAUAUCUGGUGUUCUUAGUACCGGGGCUGUUGUUGGUGAGGCAUCACCUCAGGUGGCUAUAUCUGAAGAUCUAACACCUGAGAAAUUAGAACACAGGAUACAACAGCUGGAAUCUCUGAACUUGGCUCUCCUGGAACGAGUUGUACAGUUGGAAGAAAAGCUAUCUGGAGGGCAAGCUAAUGCUUCUAUUAAUACCAAAUUAGCACAGAAUUCAAUCAUGAUGACACAGCUUGCUCAGAAUUUCACAAGUCAGAAAGAGGACAUUGGUCAUAUAAGUGAUGAAGUAGACAUAGUUAAAGUCAUUGCAAACUCCAAUAAACAAGACCUGGCCGAUGUGGAACUGAAAGCUACAGUAACUGACAAUGAAAUUCAACAACUGAGAUAUCAAAUUGGAAAUCUGUCAGAAGAGGUGUUCUCUAAAGAUACUAUACGAAGUGGACAAAUUAUAAACUUGCAGCAGCAAAUCACUGGCCAUGCUACACAGAUUUCUGACAUAGAUGUAAUGCUAGAGAGUCUUGAGUAUAGAUUCAGUAUGAAACUGAUGGUAAUGAAUGCAUCAAUGUAUGAUGAACUUGACCUGAUUAGUAAAAUGCCCGGACCGAGAGGAUAUAAUGGAUCAGAUGGUGUUCAAGGUCAACCUGGAGCUGGUGCCCUAUCAGCUUGUAAAUAUAUCAAAAGAAGUGGCGGGAGUGGAGUGAACUUAGAGACUGUGACAAACACUGUGUAUGCUGAUACGAAUUAUACCAUAGUAGGUGUGACAUGUACAAGUGAUGUAGGAACUGUGAUCAAUCUGGAAAAAAAUGACUCAGAUGGAUAUAAAUGUAAAUGUAAUGGAAUAAUGUCGUCGUCAUCCAAUAAUAGUCGCUAUUGUUAUCUUCAUUCCUGGCAGUGUCCCACACACAGCUAAAUGAUGUAAGAGGAGCACUGCUACGAGCAGGGAAUUGUCGUUUGAAACAUACAUUCUUCCGCUGUGAUUUAUCUAUGGCUGUACUUGCAGGAAGCCUUUUUUAUACCCAAGAACAUCAGACUGCUUCAAAGCAUUUACACAGCCUCUAUUUAAAGAGGAAUGCAGCUGAGAUGAACUGUAUACUUCACUGAUGCCAAGCGUUGCCUUACUGUAUUGAUAUAAAUAUACCUCGCUGUACACGCACUACAUCAACUGAAAUCUGUUGAUGUCACUUAAGUAUAUUUAAUUUGAUAACCGCUACAUUGGAGUAGCCUUCUCAAAAAUACCCAGAAUUUGUCAUUUCGGCAAAAGAACAUGAAAGUGAUAGGUUGCAAAGAGCUUUUAUCACUUUGGACAGAAAUUAUAUAAUUAAUGCUGGGGUGAAAUAUUAAGAAUCUAGGCAUCAAUUAAAAAACUAAAAAUGUAAAUAUUUUCUGUAUAUUUGUAAACCAGAGUUUGUGUUUUUUUAAGCUGGACCCAUCUAUGCAGAUAUUUGCUAAACACUUAUUUAUCGCCAUCAUCCAAUGGGAUGGAUAGCCUUGUUGUAUCCACAAAUUACGUAAUUAUGCACAGCUAGAUACAUGAUUUAGAUUUGAUUGCCAUAGAGGGGGCUAUGAUUUGAAUGAAGCCCUUUUCAGUUGCAUAUACGCAGGAUUUUUUUGUUGUAAUUAUUCAGUAAUCCAGUGAAAGUUGUCUUUCAUAAUGCUGCAUAGUGUCAAUAAAGUCUAUUUUAACAGAA